UUGCUGUCUACUAUCACGGUGUAUGGCUGUGUAUGCAGUUAGCUAACGCGUGUUUGUAGCAGAAAUGUGAGAAAGAUGGCGACGUUGAAAGAGGAACAGUCUUACGGGCUAUCUUGUGGUAGACUGAGCAAUGGCAGCAACACCUCGAUAUUUCACGUCAAACUCACUGACAGCGCGCUAAGAGCCAUCGAAAGCUAUCAAAGUAGCAAGGGGUCAACUGCACAUCCUUCCAUUCGUUUUACCGGAAACCAAGGGAAAAUCUCCAUACCUUGUGGCCAGACCUCGGAAGACUAUGUGACGUUCACCUUCUACCUGUCCCACGUGGGGCGGGACAACCCUCAGGGAAGCUUUGACUGCAUCCAGCAGUAUGCCACAUGUGAUGGAGCUGUUGAGCUUGACUGCCGGGGCGUGAUCCAGGACAAGAUUACGGUGAACGCGACGGACGACUCCUACCAAAAGGCCCGGCAGAACAUGGCCCAGGUGGAGGAGGAGACGCGGCGCCGAGGCGCCAUCGUCAUCAAGCAGGGCCGAUACAUGAGCAAAAGAGUCCAAAUCCGUAAGCCGCCAGCCGGCCUAACUGAUGUGGUGGCCCCUUCCCGACGCGUGUCUCGGCCUGUUCUCAUCUCCAGCAGCAGCAGCAGCAGCCCAGUCUGGUGUCGUUGCACACGUACACAGGUGGCUCAUCUCAGUGAGAAGGACAACACGUUCACACUCAAGGAUGCCCUGCUGAAGGAUGUGCGGAAAGACUGGCCAGGCUACUCCGAGGGAGACCGACAGCUCCUCAAGAGGAUCCUCAUUACCAAGAGCAGGAAGUUGGGUCAGGUCCAGAAUCUUCGGUCAUCACCGGCGACAGUGGAAGUAACAAGGAGCCCACAAAGGGAGCAGGCUAGCUCAUCACCCUCACAGAAACGGCCAUUGCCUGACUACAUUGACCCUUUAGCCAAUAAGAAGCCCCGGAUCUCCCACCUCCUGAAUCGCGCUCAAGUGAAUGGCGGGCUGUUGCGGGAGAGAGAGGCCAGCCCCGUUUCCACGACGACGGAGCCCUGUGUCCCCAGUCUAGAGCUCCCGCGCCCGUGCGAGCCUCUGUCAGAUGUGAGCAGCGACUCUACGCCCAGCGGCCGAGAUGGCGAGGGCUCGGAUGCCGUCGCUUCUGCCGUCAGCGCAGCCGACAGACUAGGGCCCACGUUGGCCGUCGGCACGGCGACAUGGCCCUCCCUUCCCCCGCCCACACCCUGCCAGCCCGCUGCGGCCACUCCCACCACCGCGCACAAGAGCAAGAGCCGGAAGAAGUCCAAAAAGCACAAAGAAAGGGAUCGCGAGAUCAGACGCACGAAAGACAGACAUGGAGCGAGAGGGAGGGAUAGGGAGACAAGUACUGAGGACACAAGGAGCCAUGAUCAGGGGAGAGGCCCAGAUGUCAAUGGCGCAUAUGAACACUCAAGUGGUGCCACAGAGAUGUUGGACCCAGAAGACUAUUUAGAGAACUACAAGUCGAUUGUUUCCCAGGAGCAGCGUCAGAGGUAUAAGAACGACUUCAAUGUAGAGUAUAAUGAGUACCGGGCCCUGCACUCCCGCAUCGAGGGGGUGACGCAACAGUUCACCGUGCUGGAGGCCCAACUCAAACAGCUGCAGCAGGGCUCCGACCAGUAUCAGACGAUUCACAACCAGAUACUUAAAGAGUAUCGCAAAAUAAAAAAGUCUAAUCCAAACUACAGUCAGGAUAAAAACCGCUGCGAAUACCUACACAACAAACUUGCACACAUAAAGAAAACCAUUGCAGAGUACGAUCACAAGCAGAUCUAACACAUCUGCGGUGGGACAUGAGGCAAAAAAAAGACAAGAUUCCCAAGGAGCCAAGAAGUGGAUAGUCAUCCCAGUAUUUUGUCCAGGCUUGUCUUGAAAUGUUGCUUCUGACGGACUAUGUUGGAACACGUGCAUUAAAAAUUGGGGCCUUUUCUACCCCAUGUGAGUUUUUUUUGUUUGUUUAAAUAGAUGUCCGAUGACCCAAAGACAAAAAAAAAUCUCUGAUGCAAUCUUGCUGUUCUCUGACGGUGAAGUGCUGUUGGGUUGGCUACAGAACUGAACUUGGCAUUACACUGUUACUCCCUUCUGCUGCAUGACCAACUUUUGCUACAGAGAUUUCUGGACUGUUCCGUGUCAAAUCACAAUCAGUGAUAGAUCCUUGCACAUGGAUUUUGAGUGCUAGAAUAAGAAGCUAUUCAGCCAGCCUGUGGUAUCAGACUAGGACUACCAUGUAUUAUACGUUCUGUUUUAAUUUAUUGUUUUGUUGUUUAAUGGCAGAAUUAAUUCUGCAGAAGUGUUCUUUGUUCUCUCAUGGGUCUGCACACUUCCCGAUUAUAUUAAAGAAAAUUAAUCAUCUUGGCGGCUUUGAUAGAUUUCCUGACUUGAUGGAUGAGACAUUUGUUCUGCUUGGACAGCCAGGCCUCCGAGUUUUGUCCAAUUCCCCAGCAAUAGUUAUAAAAUAUCUAUCUAUAUCAAUAUCUAUACAAUAGGACCUUCUGCUGAAAUUGAUGGCACUCAGACCAAAUUACUGUAAACUAUCACUGAUGACUCAGAAACUGACCCUCUGCUCUUGAGCACAGCUGGUUUUGAAGCAUGGGCAAUGCAAAGCGUGGUGACAUGGAAAACGUUCUGACGUGUAUAUUUCACAUUGGCUGUGAUCGUAACAUUCCUACGUCCCUUUCUCCAUGAAAUAAUGUAUGCUUUCCAUCAGAGCAUUGGGGUCAUAAAGUAUCCAGUCAGUCAGAUGCAAGCCCUCUAUUAACCAUCGGCUCUCCAAUGUCUCUCCCCUGUGCAGUUUCUCCUGGUGUCCUCUCAAACAAACCAUUACAGCAUUGAGUCCCAUAGAAAUUCUAUCUUGCCAGUAUUAUGUCAUCUCUGUUGUCAAAACCUUUGUGCCAUAACAUUAAUUCUUUAGUAAGAAUUGUUGUGGAACACUUUAAAGUUGAUGUUGCUCUUCCUACACUGGCCCCUCUGAAGAGGGGCGUGUUGCAUGCUGAGAACCCCCGUUUGAAUUACUGGCUCAGUUGUCACGUAUGAUGAAAUUAAACUUUGGCACUUUGGAAA